AUGUCGCUCAACACAUCGCUCCGUCGUGUGUCCAGCACCGCGCCCUCGACACUGUCCUCCAGCCUCACCCGAACAAGCAUCAACACUCCCACUUCCACGAGCACGACGACAUACAUCUGCAACCAAUGCCGCCAUGCAACUCUCCUGCGCCGUCCCAAACGCCCAUACACAUUCACGCAGCUGAUCACGCUCUCCGACGGUAGCACCUACCUCCACCGCACCACCUCGCCCAUCCCCGUCUACCGCUCGACUCGCGACACGCGCAACUCUUUGCUCUGGAAUCCGACUAGCCAGAAGCUCGUGAAUCUGGAAGAAGACGAGGCUGGUCGCCUGGCAGCUUUCCGUGCUCGCUUUGGUCGCGCCUAUGACGCCAACGCUGGUGCUAGUAAGGAAACCGAGGAAGUAGUCGAGAAAAAGGAGACAACAGCAGACGGACAAGACCAGCAGCAGCAGCAGAAGGAAAAGAAGCAGCCAACAGAAGCAGAAAAAGAAGCAGCUGCAAAAGCGCAGGCUGAAGCCGAGGCCGAAUUGCAGGCGGAGGAGGAUAAUUUAUUGGAUUUGAUUAGUUCUUUUGGGCAAGAGCAGCAAAACCAGGGGAAGAAGAAGUAG